UUACUGCAUCUAAAAUUGUUGUAAAUUGCGUAAAGAUAUUAAUAAUAUGUACAAGAUAAAUAAGAAAUAAAUAUAGAAAAUUUGAGAAUCAGCAUGCGUGAAAACUUUGAUGGUACGACACAGUGCAGUAGUACGAUAUAAACAGUACGUUAGAUGGUUAUGAUAGAUUUUCUAACCUCACAAAAUGUUUUUAAUCAAGGUAUAGAGGGAUCAAAUCAAUAAGGGAACAGUUUUAAUUACUUAUUAUUGAUAUUUUCCUAAUUUCGAGCGACAUUCUUAACUUUACGAACUUUGUACUAGAUAGAAAAAGCUACCAAAUGAGUCUACGUGAAAGUUUGAGAUAAAAGAAUUCAACCUUGUAUUUACUGGUCUCACUCGUGUAGAAAAGAGUGAAAGAAAGUGUGGUAGGAGAUUCUAACCAGACGUUUGAUGAUAUAACAUUUUAAUGAGUUUGAGUCCGUCUUGAGAAGUUCACGACCACAAGAUAAAUAAAAGGAAAUGGAUGCAAGUGAUUCGACAAAUGGUGAAAAUACGUCGAACCAGACUACAGCACGCAUCGAGAAAAAGAGUACUCGAGGCUCUAGGCAGAGAGGCGUGGAUAAUUUAACAAAAAAAUUUCUGAGGAAUUUUGAUCCCGAGCACAGCGAGCGAGAGAAGCGUAAACUGUACCGUCGAUUGUAUCAAAGUCACAGAAAAUAUUUGUAUGACGAAAAAGGUAUCUUCAUACAAACGUCGGAUGAUCUUUGCGAUUGCUUGGAUUUGGACUGCCAAGGUUGUCACUUUCCAUGUCCUAAAUGCUCCUCUCCAAAAUGCGCUCACGAGUGCAGGAAUAAUCGCAAAUGGACCUACGAUUCCAUCCACUGCGAAGGCACUGAUCCUACGAUAAGAAAUCCAUUGCUCAAGGAAUCUUGAUGAUGUGAACUAUGGGGUUUUACAAACGCAUAUGUACAUAUAGCGCAUACGUGUAAUUAUUGAUAUAAAUGUAAUAUCAGUAUCCAUAUACACAUAGGAGAUGGUUUGUAUUUUUAUUUUGAAGGAUGUGUUUACACGACAAACAGCAAUAGAUUUAAUAAAUUAAAAAUGUUACUUGCAU